UGUGUGUGUGUGUGUGUGUGUGUGUGUGUGUGUGUGUGUGUGUGCGCGCGUGCGGAACGCUGAAGCUCCUAAGAUGACUAAUAGCGUUUCAUUUGUUUCCGCUAAUCACUGAACAGGUUUCACUGUGGAUUAAAGUCGGAGCUUCUAAGCUGAUAAACUACAAGCCAUCAUAAUACAUAUUUCAUCAUCAUCAUCAUCAUCAUCAUCAGCAGCAGCAGCAGCAGCAGCAGCAGCAGCAUCAUUAAGGGAGCGGUGGAAAUUGUUUAAGCUGUUUGGAGUCACUACGCUCCAUUAUUACAGCAAAGGAGGCGUCAGGAAGAUGUUCUGUGGAGGAGAUUUGACACUUUAAUACAGGAGGUGGAAAGUGUAUACCUAAGAUGCCUGCCAGCUGGAAUAAAACCAAGCUCCUUGGAGUGAUGAUGAUGGUCAACUUCCUGAUCUACAUUCUGAUAGAGGUGUCACGGAGUUAUUCCAACUGGGAAGACACAAAGCCCAUCAUUCCACCUGAGAAAUUCUGGAAAAACCCUGAAAACAGCGACGCCUAUUGGAACCGCAAGCAGCAGGUUCUCGAAUACGAAAACAACCCAUUAAUCAGUUCCAGCACUGCUGAUGCCACCACGGUGUACCACACAGAGGCAAUGCAGACCUCCACUCGUUUGAACUCCACCGCCAAGAGAGAUCACUGCGAACCGAACUUUACAGUAACCGCACAGGUUAAGGAUUUCAGUUCUCUGCCUCAGCGCUUCAAAGAUUUCCUGCUGUAUAUGAAAUGCCAGUCCUACCCGAUGCUAAUAGAUGCCCCAGGUGUGUGUUCUGAAACGCCUUUCCUGCUGCUUGCUGUGAAGUCAAUGACCCCUCAUUUUGAUCGGCGACAGGCUAUCCGGGAGUCCUGGGGACGCGCCGGGAUCCUGAGCAAUCGCCGCGUGGCCACCGUUUUCCUCCUGGGCACGACACCACAAAGUGAUUUCUUCCCAAACGUUUCAGGGAUGCUUCAUUACGAGGCAUCUUUACAUGAUGACUUGCUUCAGUGGGACUUUCGUGACACCUUCUUCAACCUCACAUUGAAGGAAGUGCUUUUCCUUAACUGGAUGGCCGAGCGCUGCCCUUCGGCUCAGUUCAUCUUCAAGGGUGAUGACGACAUUUUCGUGAACACCCGAAACAUCCUGAAUUUCCUCGACGGACUCUCGGACUCAAAGGCACGAGAUUUAUUUGUCGGAGACGUGAUCAGUGGUGCCGGGCCGCACAGGGACAUGAAGCUAAAGUACUACAUCCCUGAGAGUUUCUUUGUUGGAGGUUAUCCACCAUAUGCGGGCGGUGGAGGCUUCCUUUUCUCUUCUGACGUGGGGAUCCGGUUGAGGAACAUCUCUCAGCAAGUCUCUCUCUUUCCCAUCGAUGACGUCUACACCGGCAUGUGCCUGCAGAAGCUUGGUCUGGUCCCGGAGAAGCACCAAGGAUUUAGGACUUUUAACAUAGAGGAAAAGUACAAAGAGAGUGCCUGUAUGUACCAGAGCUUAAUGCUGGUGCAUCCCAGGAGUCCUCAGGAGAUGAUUCAAAUCUGGAGUUGGAUUAGCGACCCAAAGCUGAGCUGCAAAUGAGAUUUAACCAUUGUCCAAUGACUGGAGGUCACUUUAGCUGCUAAGGUCAUAAAUGUUUGUUGCUGCUCUGGAUGCUGUUAUAGAGUUCUAACAUCUGAUAAUAUCCCAAUCUUCAGAAUUUCUGGUCUACAGACAUCAUCGGUGUAUCUGAAUAGUUUAUCUCCAUUCUGACCGAACCUUAGAUGGGUUCAUGAUUAGAUGGCUAAUAACUUAUUGUCUAGUAGGUAUUCUGUUUAAAACCUUUAAGUAAGAGUAAUCUGGCUCACAGCACUGCACUUCUAUGUGCAAACACUUCUACCUACCUUAACUCUUGAGCAAAUGUCUGUCUAAGUUUUCUAUGUAUUUAAAACAAGUUAGAGUUCUAAAAUUGAGAUAUUUCAGUUCCAUACGAUCGUGACGGUAAUGGAUAUCCUUCGCGCGUUUUUGCUUGUUGUCUUGACUAUUUUUUUUUAUCUUUCGUUGGCUCAAAGGGGAAGAAAGAUCGUAGAUCAUUCUCAUAAAUCUGCUUAUCACGAUCAUAACAACAACAAUUCUGAGGUCAGGUCUAGUGAGCAAACUGAUUCCAUUUUUUCCAAGAUGGCCGCCUGCAUAACAUUCAAUUGCUUGGCUACACUGUGAAAUUGUAUUACUAUGUAGAGAUGACAGGACCUCCCACUGUGAUCUGAACCACAUUCUCAGUCUUUGGGGAUUUCUCAGUCAGCUCUCUAAGCGGUCUACAAGAGUUGGGGCUUUGGUGAGGACUACUAUUUAAUUUCUAUACAUAAUUUCUAGAAACAUGGCCGUUUAAAAGCUCGAUCUCACGUGUUUCUGUAACGAUCCUUCAAUCAAGAUUGUAGGCUACACUCAAACAAACUGUUUACAGAGCGUCAAACGAAGUUAAACGUCGCUAAUGCAUAUAAAUAAUCGUUUUGUGAGCUACAACAACCAUAACAAUAGAACGGGGUGUAGAAGCCUUUAUUAUCGCCACAUAUACAUUACAGCACGGUGGAAUUCUUUUCUUCACAUACCCCAACUGAGGAGGUUGGGGUCAGAGUGCAGGGGCAGCUAUGAUACAGCACCCCUGGAGCAGGGAGGGUUAAGGGCCUUGCUCAAGGGCCCAGCAGUGGCAGCUCGGCUGUGCUGUGCCUUGAACCCCGAUCCUCCGAUCGACAACCCAAAGCCUUAACCAGUUGAGCCGCCACCGCCCAAGCUACUUGCGUUACCAGACGAGAGUUCAUCUGCCAGUUUUUUCAGGGAAUAUGAUGCAAAGGAACAGUGAGCAUUAAUAAGUGAGUAUUAAUGCUGCCUGGUGUUUGCGCUGCAUUGUGGGAUAUUUUGGGAGUUAACAUUAAUGUAACAUUAAUUAAAUGUAGAUUGUCCUUAAACUCCACUUGGAUUUAGGACAAUUGACACCCAAGUGCACUGUGUAGGGACCAAAAGCCAUCAUCUUACUGUCCUAAACAGUGUAUUAAUAUAACUGUAAUAUUUCCUAUGUGUGUGGAUGAAGUGUGAUGAAGUGCUCCAUCGCCUGUUAAAUAAAAGUUAUUAUUUAACAAAUUUGGGCAUUCUGAGAUAUUGUGGGAUUUAUAUCUUUUUUUAUGAAUUGUGUUCAGUCGCGUGACUCUCUUUUUAAUUAAAAGAAUAAAAAUCUGUACAUUCUACAAUUCUCUCCAAAGCUAUCGGAAAGGUGAGAGCAUUCCGGUUGUUUUUGCUGUCGGAUGAAGACAUUUGAAUUUGAGCUCAAAAAACGGAUAUAAGAAGAGAGUUUAGAAUUUCAGUUUUUAUUUCCUGCUUUUUAUAUACUGUAUAAUCUCAAGUUUAAGUUGAAAGUUUAUUUGUAUAGUGCUUUUUUUUUUACAAUUGCCUCAAAGCAGCUUUACAGAACAUAGAAC